AUGAGUUGGGAGGUGGUUGUGGAAGAGUCGAGACUUCUCUCGGUGGCGGGAAACAAGCGGAGGCCCAUAGAAAAGGUGAAGCAGAAACUACGUAUGAAGGAGGAGCUGAAACAAGAGGAGGAGACUAAGCAACAGAAGAGGCUGAAGAUGGAGGAGGAGAAUAGGAAGGACAUGCAGAAACAGAAGGAAAAGAAGAAUAGACAAUUAGUUCUAAAUCCAGGCUACACUGUAGAUGAUCCCUUGUUUGGACCAAGCGAGGUGACACCCACUGCAGCUAUGGGUGUAAUUGAUCCUUGUACACAGGCAGCUUUUCAAACUGAAAUGACUCUUUGUGCUGUUGAACAUGCUGUUACAACAAGUGCAGCAGCUGCUUAUGCUAGCUUUGUGAAGGGUUCUUGGGCGGUCCAUUAUGCUGAUACAUCAUGUGCGGCAGAUGCAUAUGCUAGCCUUGUAAAUGAUCUUUUAAACCCAUGUGAGGUGUCACUUAAUGUUCUAAUGGAUGUUUUUUAUGUGGGAUGUGGCUUCGCCACGCCUCCUGAGCUGCGCCUGACCGCCACUGCCCCCGCCCCGCUGCCCCCGUCCCGCCGCCACCGCACAUCCCCACCUCCGCCGCCCCCGCGCCCGCCGCUCCACCAUAGCUCCCCUUCCGCAUACCCCGCCACCGCCCCCGCCCCCACCUCCGCCGCCGCCCUCGCCACGCCCCCACCUCCGACGCCGCCGACCCGCGCCCCCCCCCCGCCGCCACCGCCAUCACCAGGUCUUGACCCUGGCGCCGCGGGGGCCCUGGCUGUCCUUCGCCCCGAGUCGCAGAUAAAACGUGCUGUCACGCUGCCACUCAGGAGCAAAUUAGGAGAGAGGAUGAAACGGGCAAAGAAUGAAAUGAGAAAAGAGUAUCGCACGCGACACGUGGCCUGUUCUAAAGGGAGCCUGGAAGAGCUGCUGGAUUUACCAAGUUAUGAAGACAAAACACGGAGUGGAAACCUGACGUUCAACACACAAAUAGUUGAAAAUGAAGAAGGAGAACAACAAAAAGAUGGAGAAGAAAAAGGAGGAAAAGAUGUUAAGACAGAUCUUAUCAAAGAAUCGCACCGUUGCGUUUUGGAGCAGUCGAAUUUCUUGCUUCCAACCGAACGGUGCAGCUUGUUGGCGAUGGGAGUAGAAAAAGUGUCCUCGCGUCCAUUGGUUGGAGGUGUGGAAGGCCUGAAACGACUCCCUCUGAGAAACAGUCCUAAUUGGGGGAAGCACGAACCGGUCCUCAUGAAUGAAGAACAUUACGUAAUCAGAAUUCAUGGAAUGUUCGACUUCCUCGGACCUCGUGCAUUUUCCACGAAAAUGUUCUCGUUCUUGGAACCAGUUGCAGGUGGUAGUUUACUCCUCUGA